CCCAUCCUGUCCGGCCCCAGAUCUGGUCAGACAGCCGCCCCAAUUGUCAGGCCUUGUGGGAAACGGGCCCAAACGGGGCAGAGAGCCCAGGGACUCCUAGGGGUAGCCCCCAGCCCGGCCAGGAGACCUCAGGAAGAAGGGAAACCGAGGCUGUCCUCUGACCCUGGGCCUGGCAGUUCCCCUCCUCUCCUGGGGGGCCAUGGAGAGCAUGCAGACACAGGAGGCUGACCCCCAAGGCCCCAGACCUACCAGCCUGGCACCAGAAAUGGUGCUUUGGGAUCAGCCUGAGGAGUGGGGGCUCGGAACCACACUUAGCCUGGAGGAGCAGGUGCUCAGUUCUACUUUUGAAGCUUGUGACUCGGAGAAGAAAGGUGUGGUAGCUGUGAGCCAGGUUCUGGCCUACCUGGAAGCAGUGACAGGACGGGGUCCCCAGGACAGUGACCUGUGCAGCUUGGGCCAGGCCCUGGAUCCCCAUGGGAAGGGCCCCACCGCCACCGUGGACCGAGCCACCUUCUUCCGCAUCAUGCAGGGCUGGAUCGCCACCUGCCAACUGGGGCCGGGAUUAGAGCUGGAGGACGAGGCAGCCGGGGAACCCAGCCUUCCGCCAUCUGACUUAGGAGCCUCUGCCCAACCCGAGAGCUAUGGAGAUGAGGAAACGGAGCCUGAGCUGCUGGCCACAGCAGAACUGCUCAGCAGCCUGGAAGAGCUGGAGCUCAGCAAUCGGAGGCUGGCGGGGGAGAAUGCCAAGCUCCAGAGAAGUGUGGAGACCGCCGAUGAGGGGGCUGCCCGGCUUGGGGAGGAGCUGGCCUCCCUGCGGAAGCAGCUCCGCAGUUCCCAGCAGGCUUUGCAGUUUGCCAAGGCUGUGGAUGAGGAACUAGAAGAUAUGAAGAGUUUGGCCAAGAGUCUGGAGGAGAAGAAUCGAAGCCUCGUGGCCCAGGCCCGGCAGACGGAAAAAGAGCAGCAACAGCUGGUAGCUGAAGUGGAGACCCUGCAGGAAGAGAAUGGGAAGUUGUUGGCGGAGAGGGAUGGUGUGAAGAAGCGGAGUGAGGAGCUAGCCAUGGAGAAGGAGGCCUUGAGGCGUCAGCUGUGUGAGUAUGAGAGCCUCAUUUGCCACCGAGACACUAUCCUCUCUGAGCGGACCAAUCGGACAGAGAAUCUGACUGAGGCCUUGGAGGAGUAUAGGGCCACCAUCCAGGAGCUGAAGCAGAAAAUCUCCCACCUGGAGGAGCAGCUGAGUCAGAGCCGAGAGGGUCCCGAGGGGUUUCAGGACGGGACCCAAGGAAUCGCAGGUGGAUGGAUGAAGCUACACCCCCAGUCCCUGUGCUUGGAGAUCGAGGCCAUUCAGCAGAGACAGGACAUGGGGCCAGGCCUCCUCAACCCCCUGUGCGGCGCUCAGCCAUGGGGAGAGCCCCUGGAUGGAAUGGGGGGAGCCGGGGUGCCCCUGGGCAAAGCCCCGGCCGAGGACAUGAUAACCGGCCAGGAGAAGUCCAGUGAAUUGCUCGGCAGCUUGGAAGAGGAAAAUCCCUGGUUACUGGGAGAGCGGGACCACCAGAGAGCCAGCCAGAAGGGAAUGAGGCCCCCAGACACGGCUGGAUGCCUCGGCACACUGGAGGGCCCACAGUUUGGAGACAGACCAUGUCCCGAUGCCAGGAGCAGCCCCAGCGAUGUGGCCCUCCUUCAAGCCAUAGAGCCUCUUGUGGGCCAACUGCCUUCAGCUGGGCGUCGGCGGCAGCGGAGAACCAGCUGGGAACUAUACCCCACUCCUGUGGCUGCCCCGACACCUAGGAUCCCUAGCCUCCCCAUGAGCCAGCUGCCCAUCCUGGGCCUCCUGCUUGUGCUCGUGCUACUGCUGCUGCUGUCCGUCCUGGUCCUGGUCUCCUCCGGGCCACUGGCCUGGCCCCACCUCCAGCUGCACUACUUCCGGCCCCCACCGGUGUGAAGCCCCAGCACCCUCCUGAUCUAAUAAACGCCCUCCAUGUC